AUGGCACCGUCACGCGUAACGGCGACACGAGCAAGACAGUCGCCAACAUUGCCAUGGUCCGCAUUACAUGACCGUCGAGCUGCGGAUUCAGCUGUUCAAGCUGCACAACCCCUUCCCCGCAUGCAUGGACCAUCGUACCACCGUCCGUAUUUGCUCGAUCAACCUGACGCCGUACAACGCCUCCUAGCUUGGUUUGAUCACAAGCAGCAUGAUCGAUUGAUGCCAUGGCGCCAAGCUUGGAUUGAUCCAAAUGAAGAUGCACCAGAGUCUACGCGCGUCAAACGUGCGCGGGCCCACGAGACAGGCACACAUCGAAGCGCGCACAAUAUCGUGCAGGAACAAAUCCAACGACGCGCCUACGAAGUUUGGAUCUCAGAGAUCAUGCUCCAGCAGACGCGUGUAGAGACUGCGCGCAGCUACUGGCUCAAAUGGAUCGAGGCGUGGCCCAGUAUCGACGCACUUGCAGAUGCCUCGGUCGACGACGUACUCGCAGCAUGGCGUGGUCUUGGCUACUAUGGAAGGGCGCGGCGCAUUCACGAAGCUGCUCAAAAGAUCAUGCACGACCCUAGCAUGAAAGGGCAAUGGCCCGAGUACGCACAUGAGCUCUGCGAAAAGAUCCCCGGUGUCGGUCCUUACACGGCCGGUGCUAUCUCCUCCAUCGUGUUUGGACAUGCUGUGCCGAUUCUCGACGGAAAUGUUGCUCGCGUGCUGAGCCGACAGACAGGCCUGUAUGCCGAUCCGCGCUCGAAAAGUACGAAUGAUCUCCUGUGGUAUAUGGCUCGCAUGCUCGUCGAGCAUGUGGCUCCGAACCACCGGAGCGACGUGCCCGGCCGAUGGAACCAGGGCCUCAUGGAGCUUGGAAGCACACUGUGCACUCCUACGCGGCCUGCGUGCGACACUUGCCCUAUCCAGUCAACGUGCGCCGUGUAUGCCGAAAGCAUUCUGUAUGAGCGCGCGCCGGUUUCUUCCCCUGUUGCACAAUCGACCACGAUGCGAUCAGAUCCCUCUGAUAUCGAGGACACAUGCUCUUGGUGCCAAGCUGUCCCAGAUCCGGCUGACUCGCCGAACAGUGCGACAGAUCCGCAAGUUGCACCGACAAAAAAUCCACGCAGCACUAAAUCGAAACUGAAGUCAAGCCCCAAAUCAACACCGAAACGGGCGCUCACUCAAACUACACUCUGGGGCUGUCCAGCGGACGACAAGCUCGACAGGAGCCGUGAAAGUGACGCAACCCUUUCUUCAUCGUCGGCUUUGUUGCGUGCAAAGUACAUACAGCUAUUCCCGAUGCGUGCCGCCAAGCAGGCACCGCGUGUCGAAUCGCGCGUCGUGUGCAUCGUUCGCACAACGUCCCUAUCAAGUGCCACGCCAGUCUUUCUGCUCCAUCAACGCCCUGACACAGGCUUGCUGGCCAAGCUCUGGGAGUUUCCUACAGUGGUUGUCUCUCCGCCUGGUGACCAAAGUACUGACAAUGCAAAAGAAGGGGAAGGAGACUAUUGCGACAAUCGCGUGAAUCACACGCAGGGUGACAUCGAAGUAUACAAACAACAAGCUUUAUCAUUUGUGGCGUCACUACGACCACCCGCUGCUAAGUCUGCGCCAGAUCCCAGUGACAACAAGCAUGUUACUAUAACUGCUCGUUUACAAGUCGAUCAUAUCCAGCCAUUAGGCUUUGUGCGACACGAAUUCAGUCACCUUCAUUGGCACAUGCAUGUGCUACUUGUGGAUGUCACUGUUGAAGGGCAAGGAACAUGUUCAUCGACCAACAACGGCGCAGAAAUGGAUGGCCACACACAACAGUGGAGGACAGCACAUGAGGUUGAGGCUGCAUCUAUGGGUACGGGACUGCGGCGAUGUUGGUCUCUAGUUCAACAAACAUAG